AUGAUAUACUUCGUCUUCUGUUCAGCAGACUGUAACUUAGCUUGCUCGUAUUGUGGCAACUCGCCCGAGGAUCUCUGCAUGCCUGCCAAGCCAACCUAUGAGUUCGAGAAGCUCGCGGAGUUUAUUGCCGGAGACGAUGAUCCUGUCUUCGUGUUUUACGGUGGAGAGCCCUUGCUGAACCGUCCCUAUGUAUGCCGCGUCAUGGAUCGCUUUCCAGACGCCACUUUUGUGCUGCAAUCCAACUGCACGUUGCUCUAUGAUUUGCCCACCCCCUACCUUAAGAGAUUCGCCUGCAUACUGCUUUCCAUUGAUGGCCGCCCGGAAACGGUUGAUGCUUAUCGGGGAGAGGGCGUCUACGAAAGGAUUGAGAAGAACAUCAACGACGCCCGCUCUCGAGGAUAUACUGGACCGAUCGUGGCUCGUAUGGCGUGCUCGUUGAAGACAGACAUAUAUAAGGAUGUCCACUACCUCAUGUAUGAAUCUCCGCUGAAGUUUGACGCUGUUUAUUGGCAGCUAGAUGUCGAGUGGGACUCUCCCAUGAAUGCCCGUUGGGGGAACUUCGAGGUCUGGAUGCGUCAAACAUAUAUGCCAGGGGUUGACAGGCUCUUCAAGGAAUGGCGCGAGGGUCUGGAGCGUGGAGAUGUGAAGGUCAUUGUCCCGUUCAACACAAUUACAGAGGCAUACUUGGAUUGCAAUGCCAUCGAUGGUGCAGAUCCUUCUGUCCCCAGACGCGGAUACUUGCGCUGCUCAGCUGGGCACAAGGCGGUUAGCAUCACAACUGAUGGCCGAGUGCUGGCGUGUCCUGUUGCAAGCGGGGAAUGCUGGAACAACCUCGGAAAGCUAAGUGACUCUCGGACCUCUCUCUUGGGUCAGAAGUCUGUUGGAGGAAUGUGUGACGUCUGUGAGGUCCGAGAGGUUUGCGGGGGUCGCUGCUUAUACGCAAACCAAACCCUCUGGUGGGGUGAUGAUGGACAUGCCUUAGUGUGUGAGCUCAACAAGCACCUUAUCGCCCUUUGUGAAUCGCACUCUGACAGGGUCCAAACGAUGCUUGCAACUGGAAAGAUCUCAUGGGCUCAGUUCCACUUUCCGAGCGAGCGCUACAGUCUGGAGAUCAUCCCCUGA